CUAUCCUGCGGUCGACGUACUCGUUGAGCUUGCAAUUUGCACUGCCUUGCAGUUAAUUGCUUGUAAGCAGUCACUUGCAGUGUUGAGGUCAGUUGAGAUGCGACGAGAUUGCAGACAAUCCAUCGUGUAACACCAAUUGAAACUACGGGGUUACCCGGAUUACCGUCGCUGACGAAGAGGGAAUUAGGAGGAAAGAAGACCAAUAAUAAGCCAGAACUAAGAUGAGAUAACAGAUGCAGAAUGAGACGCAGCAGUAGCGGUAAUUUAUUCAGUUACGCGGUUCUCACCAUCACUCUCGCUCGUCUCAAGGUACAUGCAGAAGGUGGAGUUGCUUGCAAAGACCAACAUGGACACUCUUACGAAAGUGGCUAUCAUUAUAUUCCUGGACCUGAACCAUGUACCUUCUGUGUUUGUGAUAAUGGUAAUCCAAAGUGGUGUAAAGCAUUCAUUUGUAAAUUUCUUGAGGUACGUAAUACCAACAGUCUAAUUAAGUAA